AUGGGCGGCGUGGACAAGGCCAUCGUCGAGCAGUGCCGCGCCAUCUACAAGGGCGAAAAGUUCCUCGUCAACCUCCCAAAAGAAGGCCUCCAAAAGGCCGACAUCCUCACCCUCUUCAAGAAGUACCAGUCUCUCUCCAAGGUGAACUGGCGCGGCGGCCGCGCCUCCGGCACCGUCUACUCCGACCUGGCCACCGAGGUGUCCGCCCUCAUCGCCGAGGUCUACGCGGAGACCGCCUACACCAACCCCCUCCACCCGGAGUGCUUCCCCGGCAUCAUCAAGAUGGAGGCGGAGAUUGUCCGCAUGGUGGUCAAUCUCUUCAACGGCGGUGAGGAGUGCUGCGGGACGCUCACCUCCGGCGGGACGGAGUCGAUUGUGCUGGCGGUGAAGGCCUAUCGGGACUACGCCGCAGAGGAGCGCGGCAUCACCCGCCCUGAGGUUGUGGUCCCGGUGACGGCUCACGCCGCCUUCCAGAAGGCCUGCCAGUACUUUAAGAUCAAGUUCCGGACGGUGCCGGUGGACCCGGUCACCUUCAAGGUCGAUCUGAAGGCGAUGCGAAGGGCGAUCGGCCGGAAUACGGUGCUGCUUGUGGGAAGUGCCUGUGGCUAUCCGCACGGCAUCAUCGAUGAUAUUGAGGAGAUUGCCAAGCUCGGCCUCGCCUACAACGUCCCCGUCCACGUGGACUCCUGCCUGGGCGGCUUCCUGGUGCCCUUCGUCGCCGCCGCCGGCUUUCCCAUCGACCCGGUGGACUUCUCCGUCCAGGGCGUCACCAGCAUCAGUGCGGACACGCACAAGUACGGCUACGCCCCCAAGGGCAGCUCGGUGAUCAUGUACGCCCACCAGAAGUACCGGAAGCACCAGUUUUCCGUGCAAACGGACUGGCCGGGCGGCAUCUACGCCUCGCCCACCAUUUCCGGCAGUCGGGCCGGGGCGAACAUCGCCACCUGCUGGGCGGCCCUUCUCUACUACGGAGUGAACGGGUACGUCGACGCGACGAGGCGGAUCCUGGAGACGCAGCGGUACAUGAAGCGGGAGCUGCUGAAGAUGAAGGGCAUCUACAUUAUAGGCGAUCCACAGCUGUCGGUGAUUGCCAUCGGCUCGCAUGAUUUCAACAUCUUUCGGUUGAGCGACAUGCUGAGCAAGAAGGGCUGGAACAUCAACCCGCUGCAAUUUCCCUCCGCCUUUCACAUCUGCGUCACGCUGAUGCACGUCCAGGAGGGCGUGGCGGACGCCUUCCUCGCCGACCUCGCCACCGCCGUCGGCGAGUGCAUGAAGCUGCCGGACAAGAGCGCCGAGGGCAUGGGCGUCGUCUACGGCAUGGCGCAGUCCAUUCCCGACCGCUCCAUCGUCUCCGACAUUGCCUGCCAGUACCUGAACAGCAUCUACGACACCAGCGACUAG